AUGGCGGCUUCGUUACGAACAUUGCUCCCACGGAGCGCGAGGAGAGCGGGCUCGAGCUGCCAUGCUGCUUCAAAAUGGACGGCCGUCGAGGGCCAACGGAGAGCAUACAGCUUGCAAGCACCCGACGCAGCAGACCCUCGAUUAUCCAAGGUGGAUACGUCGCAGCUCACCGUCACCAAAACAACGACGCCGAGGCCUAUCGUGUCCAACGACCAACUCAUCUUUGGGCACACCUUCACCGACCACAUGAUGUCUCUCGAAUGGACUGCUGCGGAUGGAUGGCUCGCACCGAGGAUAACACCCUACCAAAACCUCUCUCUCGACCCCGCUACGUGUGUACUACAUUAUGCGUUCGAAGCGUUUGAGGGGAUGAAGGCAUACAAGGACAAGGAGGGCCACGUGAGGCUGUUUCGACCGGAUAAGAACAUGGCGCGCUUGAACAAGAGUGUAGCACGCAUAGCCUUGCCCACAUUUGACGGUGAAGCUGUCAUUGAGCUCUUGAAGAAGUUUGUCAAGAUGGAGGAAAGAUUCAUUCCCUCGCAACGAGGCUACAGCCUGUACAUCAGACCCAACAUGAUUGGCACCCAGCGGACACUCGGAGUAGGGCCACCUGGUAGCGCCAUGUUGUAUGUCAUUGCGUCGCCAGUCGGCCCAUACUACCCAACCGGCUUUAAAGCCAUAUCUCUGGAAGCGACGGACUACGCUGUGAGAGCUUGGCCUGGUGGUGUUGGCGCAAGCAAGCUGGGCGCAAACUACGCUCCUUGCAUCGUGCCUCAGAUGCAGGCUGCCACUCGUGGAUUUCACCAGAACCUCUGGCUGUUCAAAGAUACGGACCCGGCAACAGGUAAAGAAGAGGACUAUGUUACAGAGGUCGGCACCAUGAAUCUAUUCGCCGCCAUUGUCAACAAAGAGGGCCAGAAGGAACUCAUGACUGCUCCGCUCGACGGUACAAUACUUGAGGGUGUCGUGCGAGAUUCCGUCCUCACGCUCGCUCGCGAACGGAUGGUUCCCCAAGGUUGGAAGGUCUCAGAGCGCAAAUUUACGAUGAGAGAACUGAAAGAGGCUGCGGACGAAGGCCGCAUGCUGGAGGUCUUCGGCUCAGGCACCGCGGCCACUGUCUCUCCCGUGCGAGCGAUCUCAUAUAAUGGCAGCCUCGUGAGCUGCGGCCUACCAGACAACGAAGAAGUGGGCCCUGUGACGCUACAGAUGAAGACUUGGAUAGAAGCGAUUCAGUACGGCGAAGAGGAGCAUCCAUGGAGGUGAGUGACCAAUCUUUCCAAUCGCUUCCUCACUUGAUACUAUGCUAACGGCCAAACAGUGUAAAAGUGGCGGCUUAG